UAACUGCCCGCUAAAAUAUCUGACUGCUGCCCGUUGCCAGUCCCUAUUUCACCAUCUCUCUGACACGGUCAACUGCCCGCCCUUCCCCCAAUCCCCACCAUGGGCAGCUCCAAACUCCAAUAAACCCCUCCUUCAAGCGCCUCCCUCAUUGACGACACUACUUGAUUGUAAAACUUCACCAUUCAGCCACCACCACCUACACCAAAGGUGGUGCAUGAAAUAUGGUGGAGUUCCUCCGUUGGGAUUGACGGCGCCACCACUGACAUCUAUACAUAUAUAAGCUUGAGAGAGAGGGUGGACGAAGAAUGGGUCAGGGGCUUAGUUGCAGAACAAGUGAUGAACAUGGUCUUUUCACAGCUGUUCAGUUCGGGGAUUUAGAUACGGUUGAGGCCGUGUUAGAGAGAGACCCGUCUCUUAUUCACCGGACCACAGUGUUCGACCGCCACUCUGCUCUUCAUAUCGCUGCUGCCAAUGGCCGGAUCGAGAUUGUUUCAAUACUUUUGGAUGGAUCUGUUAAUCCAGAUUUGUUGAAUCGACACAAGCAGACUCCGUUGAUGUUGGCUGCAAUGCAUGGGAAGAUCUCUUGUGUGCAAAAGCUAAUUCAAGCUGGGGCCAAUAUUUUGAUGUUUGAUUCACUAAAUGGACGAACAUGCUUGCACUAUGCUGCAUACUACGGCCAUACUGAUUGCCUCCAAGCCAUUCUCUCCGCUGCCCACAACUCCCAAGUUUCCAUUUCUUGGGGAUUUUCUCGAUUUGUGAAUAUUAGAGAUGGUAAAGGAGCAACCCCAUUGCAUUUGGCAGCUCGUCAAAGACGGCCUGAAUGUGUGCAUAUUUUGUUAGACAAUGGUGCCCUGGUUUGUGCCACGACUGGUGGAUACGGAUUCCCGGGUAGUACUCCACUUCAUUUGGCUGCAAGAGGGGGUUCCUUAGAUUGCAUCCGUGAAUUGUUGGCCUGGGGUUCUGAUCGACUUCAUAGAGAUGCAUCUGGGAGAAUACCAUACACAGUUGCUCUAAAACAUAAGCAUGGAGCAUGUGCAGCCUUGCUGAAUCCUUCAUCUGCUGAGCCUCUUGUCUGGCCAUCGCCUUUGAAGUUCAUUAGUGAGCUUAAUCAGGAUGCAAAAGCUUUAUUAGAGCAGGCCUUAAUGGAGGCAAAUAAGGAGAGGGAGAAGAGCAUCUUAAAGGGGACAACUUACAUGCCACCAUCUCCUUCCCAUUCUGAUGUUGGUGUUGAUGACAGCAUCUCCGAGGCCAGUGACACGGAGCUGUGUUGCAUAUGCUUCGAUCAAGUCUGCACAAUUGAAGUCCAAGAAUGUGGCCACCGGAUGUGUGCACAAUGCACCCUAGCCUUGUGCUGUUAUAACAAACCAAAUCCAACAACUGCAUGCCUAACCGCGCCAGUUUGCCCUUUUUGUCGUAGCUGCAUUGCUCGGUUGGUUGUUGCAGAGGUUAAAACCGACCAAAAUACUGAAUGCGAUUUAAAUUCCCCAAAGCUCAAAAGGUCAAGGAGGUCACGGAACUUCAGCGAGGGAAGCAGCAGUUUUAAGGGCUUAUCAGCAGUUAGCUCGUUUGGCAAAAUUGGUGGCCGCGGUUCAGGAAGGAUUGCUGCUGAAAAUGCAUGGGUUGAUAAGCCAUUAAGCCUUGACACAUAGUAAAUUUGGUAUCAAGUUCCACGUGAGCACCAAGGAUUCAAAGUCAAUUCGGACCCAUUGGGGUAUGUAUAGAUAGCUGUUGAUUUGCAUUGUAGAUUUGGGAAAUAAGCGAAGUAAAGUGAUUUGCAGGUUUGGGUUGGUGAGUAUGGUUUGUGUGGGUCACAUUGCUGUAAUCAGUUUGUUUACUUCAGCUUGAAGAAGCAGUGGUGCCUUGAAGGCCUGUUAGUUACCUGAAUAGACAUCAAUUCUUUUCAUACAAUUCAAUAUUCUUCAAUGUCUGCUACCUACUUAACCUGUUAUAUAAACCAACCUUGGAUAGUGUCAAGCUAUGGUCCGAAAAGUUGACCCCACCUACCCUACCC